UCUGUUGGAGUUCUUCGACCAGCGCUCUCAUCUUCCUUUUGCAAGGAAACCGCCCCGGGCCUCUCCUCCUAUAACAAAAGCUGACGCCCCGGCACCAUUGCCAAGGACAACAAAAGCUUCCCCACCCCCUCUUGGCCCGGUUCCUCCAUACACCACCAGCCUCUUCAUCUCCUCUUCUCGGAGUCUCCGUCCUAGUGCCUUCGCUUGGUGUUGGGGGUCGCGAUGGAGAAGGCGGCCUGCGCGAGGAAGGAGGCGGUGGCGGUGGCGGUGCCGGAGGAGGCGACGCCGACCCUGACCGCGCCGCCGACCCUGAUGGCGCCGGAGAAGGAGCCCGAGACGCGGGAGAAGUGCUACAAGAAGACGGUGGGGGAGGAGGCGACGUUCCUGGAGAGCGCCAAGGACUACUUCAACCAGUUCAAGGCGAUGCCCGCGCAGAAGCACUGGAUCUGCCUCAAGAACUACUUCUCCCAGAAGUGCAGCUCGGUGUUCGGCAAGCAGAAGGUCGAGCCCGUGGUCAAGGAUGAGACUCCGGAGGUGGCGAAGCCAGCAGCAGUUGAGUCUCGCUGAAGGUGCCGGUCGUCUUUGGGGAAACAAAUGUAACCUUAGGCGUGUUCUACGGUGGCGAAAACUUGGGAUUUCUUUGGUCUCGUCAGAAACUAGUGUCGUACUAUAUCUUGCUAGCUGUUCGAAGUAGUGGUGUGGGCAUCAUUGAUCCAGUAACUUGUCAUGGAAACAAUGUGUUUCUGCGUCUUCUUAGAAUGUGAACCUUAAUCCGCCUGAAAUGUAAUGAUUACUGAGGGCAUUUGCGAUGGUUUGCCAUCGUUGCUUACGUUUCUGUUGAAGCCUGUGCCUUUUGUCUUU